ACAGAAGAGGAAGAGAAAUUGAGGUCAUGAAUUACGCAAUCCAGUGAAUUAGUUAGCGGUGGUGCCACAAUAAAUCCUCCAUAAAUAUCGCAGGUGGCUAUCGGCAAAGAAUGGCGGAGAAAGAUAGGAUUGUGUGUGUUACCGGCGCCGGAGGCUUCGUUGCUUCUUGGCUCAUCAAACUUCUUCUCUCUCAAGGUUACACAGUUCAUGGCACCCUCCGAAAUCCUGGGGAUGAGAAAUACGCUCAUUUGAGGAAACUUGACAAUGCAGCUGAAAAGCUGAAACUCUUCAAGGCAGACUUGCUCGAUUUCGACUCCAUUCUUGCAGCAGUUAAAGGAUGUGUUGGGGUUUUCCACGUCGCCUGCCCCGUUCCACAAAGCUCUGUGCCAAAUCCCGAGGUGGAACUAGUUCAGCCUGCACUUGAUGGCACUUUCAAUGUCCUAAAAGCAUGCUCCGAAGCAAAAAUCGGGCGUGUUGUGGUUGUGUCUUCGGUUUCUGCAGUUUUCAUGAUCCCGGAUUGGCCCAAGGAUCGAGUGAUGGAUGAGAGUUGUUGGUCGGAUAAAGAGUACUGCAGGAAGACUAAUAACUGGUAUUGCUAUUCAAAAACAGUGGCAGAAGCCGAGGCCUUCGAAUACGCAAAGAAGAGUGGGCUUAAUGUUAUCACCGUGUGUCCAGCCCUCGUGCUAGGGCCAAUGCUGCAGCAUACAGCCAAUGCCAGCAGUUUGGCUCUUAUUAAGCUAUUGAAAGAAAGCUACGACGAAAUUGAAAACAACCUUCGGAAGAUAGUAGAUGUGCGUGAUGUAGCUGAGGCCUUAAUACUAGUCUACGAGAAACCCGAAGCCAAGGGCAGAUACAUAUGCAUGGGUCACUUGAUCAAGAAUGCGGAACUCGUAGAUAUGCUCAAGAUAUUGUAUCCCAACUACGAGUUUCCACGCAGCAUUAAAGAGGAGGGGAAGGACCAGGUAAAAAUGAGUUCGGAGAAACUGCAAAAACUUGGUUGGAAAUAUAGGCCAUUGAAAGAGACUAUUGUGGAUUCUGUUGAGAGUUACAAAGGACUUGGAAUCCUUUGGUCAUGAAUUGCACAUAAAAACCUUUCCAUAGUUUUUACAUGUUAGAGCAUCUCCAGACUCCAGUGGCCCCUUUGCGUGUGGGAUCGAGUCGGCACGCUGCGCAUGUGUGUGCGCUGGGGAAACGGCCUGGCUCGUGCUGGAAUCGGCCACGGAGCGGCAGAGAUGGUUUUGCGUGGUGUGCACAAAAAUAAAAAUACAUAGAGGAGAGAGCGAGAGCAAACUUGCAGAGAAGUGGGGAAAGAAAGAAGAGGGGAAAAAAAAAAGGAGAAAAGGAGAAUAGGCGGUGGGGGAAGAAAGAGGAGAACAAGAAAAGCAAAGGAAUGGGCCCAUUUUUUUAUAUUUUUGAUAUUUUUAAAUUUUUAAAUUUUAAAAUACUAGUAAUUUUUUUUAAUUCUUUUAGUUUUUUAAUUAAUGUAAUUUUAAUUUCAAUUUUAAUGAAAUGUUGAAUUUUAAAUAGAAGAUUAAAAAUAAG